UCACCGCCCCCUCUCACCCCCUCCUCGUCCUCCUCAGGGCCCUGCGCCUCGGGGAUAGAGGAGUGUGGGGUCGUGGCGAAGGUUGAGGCCGCUCCCAGCGCGGGGAGGCUAUGAGCGAGCCUUCCCUGUCCCUUGCCGUUGGCAGAUGGGGACAGAGCGCCUCUGGGAGCAGACGAGGGGUCCCAGACUGUCUUCGCUUCCUUUCUGCUGAUGGAGGGGCACCUCAGAAGGGGUGAGGACGCAGCUCAGCCUGGGGGCUGUAGAUGUUGCCCUUCUGCCCCGCCAGUCAAAUCGACACAGCCACUCAGUGCUCUGUAUCACCCUGCUUCUGUGAGCUGUUUAUCCAGGAUUUCCAAAGCUGACUUCUCCUGGAAGAUGAAAGGAGAAGGAGGAGGAGGCAACAGCGGCAGCCAAACUUAAUAAAUAAUUCUGACGAUUCCUGAUAUCAAAUGGAGGCCCCUGAGUGGGACACACUGAAAAAUGACACCCUUCCGCCGACCCUGACGCCAGCUGUCCCUCCGUAUGUGAAGUUGGGCCUGACCAUUGUAUAUACUGUUUUUUAUUCACUGCUUUUUGUGUUCAUCUACGUCCAGCUCUGGCUGGUCCUUCACUACAGGCACAAGAGGUUCAGUUACCAAACUGUCUUUCUGUUUCUGUGCUUGUUUUGGGCCUCUCUUAGGACUGUGCUCUUUUCGUUUUACUUCAAAGACUUUGUCACAGCAAAUUCUCUCAGCCCCUUCAUCUUCUGGCUUCUCUAUUGCUUCCCAGUCUGCCUCCAGUUUUUCACCCUGACCCUGAUGAAUCUUUACUUCACACAGGUGAUUUUCAAAGCUAAGUCAAAAUAUUCCCCAGAGCUACUGAAAUACAGGUUGCCCCUCUACCUGGCUUCUCUUUUCAUAAGUCUCCUCUUCCUCUUGGUGAAUUUAACAUGUGCAGUAUUGGUGAGGACACAGAAUUCAGAGAGAAAAGUCAUUGUCUCUGUCCGGGUGGCAAUUAAUGACACGUUGUUUGUGCUGUGCGCUGUUUCACUCUCCAUCUGCCUGUAUAAGAUUUCCAAGAUGUCUUUAGCCAACAUUUACUUGGAGUCCAAGGGCUCAUCUGUCUGUCAGGUGACAAGUAUAGGAGUGACUGUUAUACUACUUUAUACCUCACGAGCCUGUUACAACUUGUUCAUCUUAUCAUUUUCCCAAACCAAGAAAGUCAAUUCUUUUGAUUACGAUUGGUACAACGUAUCAGAUCAGGCAAAUCUGAAAUGUCAGCUGGGAGAUGCAGGUUACAUAGUGUUCGGAGUGAUCCUUUUCAUCUGGGAGCUCCUGCCUACUUCCUUGGUUGUGUAUUUCUUCCGUGUCCGAAAUCCUACAAAAGAUCUUGCCAAUGCAGGAAUGGUCCCAAGCCAUGGCUUCAGUCCCAGAUCUUAUUUCUUUGACAACCCUCGCAGAUACGACAGCGAUGACGAUCUAGCAUGGAAUAUUGCACCACCGGGGGCACAGGGCAGUUUCUCUCCAGACUACUACGACUGGGGCCAUCACAACAACAGCUUCAUGGCUUACAUAGGAUCCCUCCAGCAAGAUCCAACACUAGACACGGACCGGCCAAGCCCUAUAUAACUUCAAUCAACUACAGCGUUCUAGGACAUUCCAAUAUUAAAACAAAUGUUCUGAAAAACAAA